GCAACACAGCGUCGUCGGGUAAAGCUCAUUCCUACAACUAUCGCGCUUUAAAGCUAUAUUCGGUGAAAAUUUGUGUAACAAUAAAUUAAUCGCUUAUCAAUAAGAAAAGCGUCAACAAAAUGAGGGCAUUAAUAGCACUUAUAGCCAUUUGUUUGGUUGGGAGACAGGUUGACGCAUGGGGAGGGCUUUUCAAUAGAUUUUCCCCGGAAAUGUUAGCGAACAUGGGAUACGGAGGCCACGGCAAUUUCAUUCCGAGAACCGGCGACGACAACACUAUCGAAGAAUUCGAGGUGGAAAGCGAUGACGAACCUUGUUACGGAAGGCGGUGUACUUCAAACGAACACUGUUGUCCAGGAUCCGUUUGCGUCGACGUUGAUGGAGUGAUCGGAUCCUGCUUGUUCGCCUACGGACGACGUGUGGGUGAAUUGUGCCGUAGAGAUAGCGAUUGCGAAUCUGGAUUAGUUUGCGCCGAUAAUGAACAGGGAGUUUCUACUCGAGUAUGUAGACCUCCGGUACAACAAGACAAACAGUACGCCGAAUUAUGCAACAUGUCUAGCGAAUGCGAUAUUUCCAGGGGACUUUGUUGCCAAUUACAAAGACGUCAUAGACAAGCUCCCAGAAAGGUAUGUUCUUACUUCAAAGAUCCUUUGGUGUGCAUAGGACCUGUGGCAGCUGAUCAAAUAAAGAACGUAGUUCAACAUACCGCUGGUGAAAAGCGUCUAACUGGAAUCGCUUCUUUCAAGAGGCAAAUGCAUUAAGCAGAAGAGGAAUAAAAAAUAAGAAAGCGUCCCAUCAGUCCCUGAAUCUUGAAAUAAUCCGGAGUAAGCUGCCCAAACAAACCCCCAAAAAAACAUCUACAAUGUACCUUCGUAGUUUACAAAGUUUCAUGUCAAUCGGUGCCCCAUUUUCUCGUCCAGCUUGCUCCCGUAAAUCCCCCUCUUAGAUCCUAAAAAGUGUAAAUCGAACCGACGUAUUAGUGUUAAAGUAAAACUCUAUUUGGCUGAGGCAUUUAUAUAGUAUAUUCGUGCGUAAGAUCUUUUUCGACGAGUUUUAAAACCAUAAAAUCUCUGGCCUAGAUUAGAGAAUACAUAAUACAAGUAACAAAAACUUAAAAAAAAUGAAUUUGUAUUUCCCGGAGAUUUUAAGAAAAUUAUAAAUACAUAUAAAUAAUAUACUCCGGAAGAACGAAGUACGCGGAAACAUAUCUAAAAAAAUAGGAGCUAGGCACAAAUAUUGCGAUUCUCGCAUAUGCUCUGUUGUAUGUGUAUGCGUCUAUAGGACGCAUAUGUGUUUCAGAUUUAACCGUCUAUCUGUGAUGUACUAUGUCUGUUUGCGUAAUGCAAAGCGUUUGUUCGAGCUAAUCAAAAAAAAAAAUAAACACACGCACAUUGAAAAAUGAACUUGGAAUCAUCCCCCAAAAGAAAAAAGUUAACGGAUCGACAGCGUAUAAAUUACGGUUAAGAAUUGGAUAAAGAAAAGUUAAAGAAACUCCUGCGCAGAGUUUGUCUCGGCGUCACGAGAAAGAUACAUAUCAUACUAUACAUAUCAGAUAUAUUUAAAAAAUUAUAUUGGUGUUAAAUUAUACUGUCGUCUAUAAAUCAAUAAAUGUCUAAGCAAACAA